CGCACCCACUGCCGCAAAAAUGAUGGAAAAGAACAUCUGCCGAUAUUAAAUGAGAGGCACAGCGUCACAGCUCACUUGUGGCGCCCCCUGUAAAUAUCUGGGAAGCGUUGGACCACUCCCCCUGUUCCAGCCGGUCAUUCCCGUCCACAGCUGGCCCACGAUGGACACGUCUCCCUUGAAAGACCUCCUUGUGGGCCGUUUAAUGCCAGAGAAAUGCUACGAGGAGCUUUUUGUCCGCUUGCAUUUGCACGCUCCCUGUCUAAAGUUUGUGUUGAACAAAAUUGUCGGAUUUUGGAUCAUACUGGACACAUUUUUGGCACAGUUCCUUCAGCUGCUGAAGCUGCUGUGGAGAGGAAGUGCAGAAGGCCUGAGUCUGACUGCCUUCCUGCUGCAGCUCUACGCUUUAUCAUGUCCGGUUGUCUACGCUGCAGCCAACAACUUCCCGUUCUUUGCCUGGGCUGAGAGGCUCUUCACGUUGGCCCAGACGGCAACCAUCAUCUUCCUCAUCCUGCAUUAUCGCGGUGAAACCCUCAAAGGAAUGCUACUGCUCUUGAGUUUUGGUGGCGCAAUCCUCCUCCUGGUUUCGUUUGCGGCUGCGGUCGUCAUCAGAGUGAUGUACACCUCCACUCAGGCAGCUUUCAUUUUGAGCAAGGUUGUGCAAACUGUAACAAACCACCAGAAUGGCCACACAGGGCAGCUGUCCAGCCUGUCGGCGUUGCUGUCAUGUGCAGGUGCUCUUGGUGCUGCCGUUGUUUCUGUACAGGAGAGCGGAGGAUCUUUAACUACUUUGUCUCACAUACUGUCCACAUGUCUCAGCUUUGUCCUAAUGUCUCAGAUCGUUUGCUACAAGAGGAGCGCUGGCUCUGCUGCCAAGAAGAUGGAUUAGCUUCAGAGGCAGCAAGUGUUUCUAUGACUAAGAUGUUGAUGUAUGAAUGAUUUAAUAAUAUGUAGUUGUUGUACAACACUGUGUGGAGGACAUUUCCUCUCCGUUUAUUCUUAUUAGAAUUUUUGUGAAGUUCUUAACACCUGGUGUUUUUAUAGGUUAGCUACGACUGUUAGCAGAAUAAAACGUCAUGUGGCGCCCUCUAGUGGCUCUGCGAAAAACGGCGCACUCAGAUUUCAGUCCGAAUGAGGAUCUGUGAAUGCCUUCUUUUUAUUUAAUGCCAGCCAGUUCUUAUUUAUCCUCAGAAUGUCCUCCCAAUUGUGUCUUUGGUUUUUGAAAGGAUCCGGAAGUCAUCUGGAUGACACCUUAGAUAUUAAUAUUAAUGAGCUAAGGGAGGAAAAUACAAAUUAAGAUGAAAGAGCCCAAGACAUGAUAAAGGGAGCAGAGGAUUCCUGGCAGGCAACAAAAUGUUUUUAGACUUGCUUGGAUACAGCGCUGUGUGAAAAGACAGUUUUAUUAGCAAUUAGCUUUUGAGGGUUUGACUGUGGUGGACAUUUUUAAUCACCAAAUGGACGUCUGGAGGCAACACACCCAAAGUUAGAUGCUGUUUUCUGCAGCUGCUCAGGAGCUAGACUGUCCUUUCUUAUCAUUGAUAUAAAGCUGUUGUCAGAAUCCACACAGAACCAACUCUGAGGUUCACUUGGACCUUUAAUCUGACCUGUUCAUGAGUUUUUGAUCUUGUGUGUUCGGUAUUGAAUAAACCUGAUUGAGUGAUUUUCACCUAA